AUGGACCAUCUUGGACCAAAUCACUUUCUGUCCCUUCCUCGACCCGAUAGCCUCAGCAGCACUGCAUCCAAUGUACCUGAUACCACCACCCUUGCUGCCCAUGACUUCGACGUCGACACGCGCACCGGUUUUCUGCCACCUCAGGCUCCGAUUUCUCGUCUUCCCGCGACAUUGGAGUGCUGGGAAGUAGUGCUGGAAGACGCCAUCGCCUCCAAGCUUCAGCUCGGAGAGAAACCGGAUCUAUCGGACGGCGAAAAGAAGAAGUCAGAGGAAUGGAGAGAGCGAGUGCGAAAACUUCCCAUUCUCUCCAUCGACGAGUUGAAAAAUUCCGAGAUUGCCCUUCGCCGGGCUCAUCAAGUCUUGGGAUGGAUCAUGCACUUUUAUAUCCACUCCAUGCCCCCUUCGGAGGCGAUCUGUAUCCCACCUCCCAUCACCCUCCCUUUACUGCAGGUGUCGGCUCAGCUCCAGCUACCCCCUGUUUUGACAUACUCCGAUGACGUCCUCUAUAAUUGGCGUCUGGACUCGGAGAAUCCAGAGGAGUUGCCGACCAUCGCCGCUUUGCGCCGUUGCCAGAUCUCCUUCACCUCCACCACCGACGAGGCCGAGUUCUACCUCGUCCCCGCGCGCAUGGAGCUCGCAGGUGUCGAAGCCCUCGAGCUUAUGCGGUCCACCAUGGACGAAAUGUUCGUAGGCGACGAGAUCGCAGUGCGCCGAAUCACGGGCUACCUGCGCGAACUCGCCGACGUCAUCCAGCGGCUGCGCGAGCUCCUGCUGAGCGUGCGAGAGGGAUGCGACCCACACCGGUUCUACAACGACAUCCGGCCAUGGUUCCGUGGGGAAGAUUCGCAGGCGGGACGGAAGUGGGUCUUCGAAGGGAUCGAGCAGGACCCGAACCUUGUAGCACCGAAGGAGCUAUCGGGGGCGAGCGCCGGCCAGAGUACGCUCAUCCACGCGCUCGACGUCUUCCUCGGAGUCAACCAGACUUCGAAGCUCCUGAAGCGUAUGCAGACUUACAUGCCCAGGCACCACCGCGCAUUCCUCGCCCACCUUGCAAACAACCCCCGCCCUCUCCGCGACCUCGUCUUCACCGCUGCCACGAGUGAUAAUGGACAGACGAAGGACGGGGCCGCUCUUCUCGACGCCUACAACGGCGCAGUCAUGGCGCUGAAAGAGUUCCGCGACGCUCACAUGAUUAUCGUCACCUUAUACGUUAUUGGUCCGGCUCGCCAUGCCCAAAAGGCCCUCCAGGAGAGCGGUCAACCAAUCCCCACGGCUUCAGACUAUGUUCAGCAAGCGCCUAAUGACGACACCAUCGGCAAGGAUCAGGAAGGCCUCAAAGGCACCGGAGGCACGGACCUCGUCCAGUUCUUGAAAGGAGUGCGCGACCAAACGAAGGAAGCUGUGAUAAAGAUUUAA